UUAUAUUGAGAAAAAUCAAUCCACUGAUACUGUUGAAAAGCUGGUCAGAAUCGUUUGAGCUUUUGGCAAAUAUGGACAGAAAUAUGAACAUUGGAGGAGAAGUUGACAACUUUUUAUGUGGGUGUGUUGUGUGCUGGUUCCAAUUUCACCUUUGUUGUGUUUGAACAUUUGAAUCUCUGCUAUAGGUUGAACCUUUUAGGUUGUGAAUUGUGAUUCAUCUUGUGGAGUGAAGGUAAGAUUGUGAGCUUCCAUUUUGCUUGCAGGAGGGUUUGUGAAUUCAAUUGGAAGAAGGGUAUCAUCUGUUUGAGAAUUAUCAAUUGGAUUGAUGGGGUGGAAAUUCUAACUAUAAAGAUACAAGGGGAGGAGAAAAAGGAAGGAUUUUUAUUGUUUUCUUUAGGUUAGAUUUGAGAGAAAGGAAAAGGGUUUUUCUGAUUCAGCUGGGGAGGUGUAUUUUGAGGGUGUUUGAGGAUUCACUUUGUGGUUAGAUUUGUGAAUUGGGUUGGAGGGUGUGUGAUGGAGGAAGCUCAUGGAAGUUCCAAUUCCCUGCCUCCUUUCCUGACCAAGAUUUAUGAGAUGGUAGAUGAUCCUUCAUCUAAUACUGUUGUUUCAUGGAGUUCCACCAAUAAGAGUUUCAUUGUUUGGAAUCCACCAGAAUUUGCAAGGGAUUUGUUGCCAAAAUUCUUCAAGCACAACAACUUCUCAAGUUUUAUUAGGCAGCUCAACACUUAUGGCUUUAGAAAGGUUGAUCCAGAACAAUGGGAAUUUGCAAAUGAGGAUUUUGUGAGAGGUCAACCUCAUCUUUUGAAGAAUAUCCAUAGGCGUAAACCAGUUCAUAGCCAUUCUUUGCAGAAUGUCCAAGGGGCUGUUUCCCCACUAACGGAAUCAGAACGACAGAGCUUGAAAGAUCAGAUAGAGAAGCUUAAACAUGAUAAAGAGCAACUUCUUCUGGAGUUACAGCGACACGAACAGGAGUGGAAAAUGUACGAGAUACAACUACAUUGCUCAAAGGAUCGUUUGGAGACGUUGGAAAAGAAGCAUCAAACUAUGCUCUCUUCUGUUUCUCAAGUGCUGCAGAAGCCUGGAAUUGCCUUAAACCAUUGGCAGCUGACAGAAAACAUGGAGAGGAAAAGAAGGUUGCCGAGAAGUGGUCAGAUUAGUGAUGAAGCUAGCAUUGAAGAUCCCAUGGAAGCUUCCCAAGUGUUAUCUAAAGAAAAUGCUGAGAGUACUUCUGCUUUCACAUUAAGCACGGAGCGAUUGGAUUCGCUUGAGUCAUCCAUGACUUUUUGGGAGAAUAUUGUUCAUGAUGUUGGUGGCGUCUCCUCUUUUCAUAGUCAUUCCAAUUUGGAUUUUGAUGCAUCUAUAAGCUGUGCCAAUAGUCCAGCUAUCUCUUGUAUGCAACUAGAUGUGGAAGUUCAACCCAAGUCACCCAGCAUCGACAUGAACUCUGAGCCAGUUGUAGCUGCUGUUCAUGAUCUCGUUGCAUCAGAAGAACAACCUGCAGUAGCAGCCCCUGUGGCUACCGGUGUUAAUGAUGUAUUCUGGGAACAAUUCUUGACAGAAAAUCCUGGUGCCCAGGAAGCACAAUCAGAAAGAAAGGAGUCUAAUGGCAGAAACAAUGAGGGAAAACCAGGUGACUUUGGUAGAUUUUGGUGGAACAUUAGGAAUGUAAAUAACCUUCCAGAACAGAUGGGGCAGUCUUAGUAGAAUAGAUAAAACUUAAUGUUAAUUGAUUAAUCUUCUAGCUUCUUAUGCUCCAUAGUUAUAUGUAAUAAAUGUAGGUUUGCAUAGUUAGCUCUGCUAUUUAUGUAUAUUCCACAUUUUUGGUUGAAUGUUUGCUGAAUCUUCUGUGGAAUUUAGUUCAUUUUACACUGCU